AUGAUGAACCAGCAGGGUCGCUGCUGCCAGCUCCAUCUGGAGGAUCAAACGCCGCUUUACAAGAGGGCGAGAGCGCAGAGGCAUAGAACCGGACAAUGGUGGGGAUGGAAUCGAUGUUGGAAAUUGAAAGGCAUCAGUUCGUCGCCACCGCCUAGCCACAGCAAUCCGCGGGGGAAUUAUCCCGAGGAACCCUGCUUAGCGGCACUUCUGGAUACUUCUCCACGAGCCAGCCGUUUGCAACUCGUAUCCUGGUACGGCGACAUCGCAUUGACGCGACGUGCUGCUGGAGCAUUAACCAGGAGCUAUUUUGAUAUCGUUAUGCUCACGGAUAAGGGCGUGGCUGUCCACGGAUCUCGCGAAUGCUUUGAAUUGCGUAAUGGUCGCCCAGUUCACUAUAAUAAUGGCCGGGGCUAUAUGCCGGAUUAA